AUGGGGGACACAGCGCCCCCACAGGCCCCCACAGGAGGGCUAGGGGGGGCCCCUGGGGCGGGGCUCCUUGGAGGGGGCUCAGUCACCCCGAGAGUGCACAGUGCUAUCGUGGAGCGCCUCCGGGCUCGGAUCGCCGUCUGCCGCCAGCACCACCUGAGCUGUGAAGGACGCUAUGAACGUGGUAGGGCUGAGAGCUCAGACCGGGAAAGAGAGAGCACCUUGCAGCUCCUGAGCCUGGUACAGCAUGGCCAGGGGGCAAGGAAGGCUGGCAAACAUGCCAAGGCCACUGCCACGGCUGCCACCACGGCGGCCCCUCCACCGCCCCCUGCUGCCCCUCCUACAGCCUCUCAAGCGGCAGCGACAGCGGCCCCACCGCCCCCACCAGACUAUCACCAUCACCACCAGCAGCACCUGCUCAACAGUAGCAAUAAUGGUGGCGGUGGUGGGAUCGACGGGGAGCAGCAGUCACAGGCUCCAGCCCCUGGGGACCAGAGGAACUCAGCCCUCAUUGCGCUCCAGGGUUCCUUGAAAAGAAAACAAGUAGUUAACCUGUCUCCUGCCAACAGCAAGAGGCCCAAUGGCUUUGUCGACAACUCAUUCCUUGAUAUCAAAAGAAUCCGUGUCGGGGAGAACCUCUCUGCAGGACAAGGGGGCCUCCAAGUAAAUAAUGGACAAAAUCAGAUGAUGUCAGGGACCUUGCCCAUGAGCCAGGCACCCCUACGGAAGACUAAUACUCUGCCACCACAUACACAUUCUCCUGGGAACGGCAUCUUCAACAUGGGCUUGAAGGAAGUGAAGAAGGAACCAGGAGAGACUGUAUCAUGUAGUAAGCACAUGGAUGGCCAGAUGACCCAGGAGAAUAUUUUUUCCAAUAGGUACGGAGAUGACCCUGUAGAGCAGUUGAUGGAUCCAGAGCUGCAGGAACUGUUCAAUGAACUGACCAACAUAUCUGUGCCUCCCAUGAGUGAUCUUGAGCUGGAGAACAUGAUCAAUGCCACCAUCAAGCAGGAUGACCCAUUUAACAUUGACUUGGGUCAGCAAAGCCAGAGGAGCACUCCCAGACCCUCCUUGCCCAUGGAGAAGACAGUGAUCAAAAGUGAAUACUCCCCCGGCCUGACCCAGGGUCCUUCGGGCUCUCCUCAGAUGAGGCCCCCAUCAGCCGGCCCUGCAUUCUCCAUGGCCACCUCCGCCCUCUCCACUUCAUCCCCAGUCCCUUCUGUCCCGCAGAGCCAGGCUCAGCCUCAGACAGCCUCAGGAGCAAGCCGGGCCCUGCAGAGCUGGCAGGAGGUGUCCCAUGCCCAGCAGCUCAAACAGAUCGCUGCCAACCGUCAGCAGCACGCCCGGAUGCAGCAGCACCAGCCUCCCAGCUGGUCAGCCUUGCCCUCUUCCGCCGGGCCAUCGCCGGGCCCAUUCGGGCAGGAGAAGAUCCCCAGCCCUUCUUUCGGUCAGCAGCCAUUCAGCCCGCAGAGCUCCCCCAUGCCUGGGGUGGCCGGCGGCAGCAGCCAGUCGAAGGUGCUGGCUAACUACAUGUACAAGGCCAGCCCGUCGGCCCAGGGCGGGCACCUGGAUGUGCUCAUGCAGCAAAAGCCUCAGGAUCUCAGUCGAAGUUUUAUUAACAACCCGCACACGGCCAUGGAGCCCCGUCAUGGCAACACUAAGCCUUUGUUCCAUUUUAACUCAGAUCAAGCAAACCAGCAGAUGCCUUCUGUUUUGCCUUCCCAGAGUAAGCCUUCUCUCCUACACUACACCCAGCAGCAGCCGCAGCAGCCGCCACAGCAGCAGCAGCCACAGCAACAGCAGCCACAGCAACAGCCGCCACAGAGCUCGAUUUCAGCUCAGCCGCAGCCGCAGCCUCAGCCGCAGCCACAGCCGCAGCCGCAGCCGCAGCCGCCGCCAUCCCAGCCUGCCCAGCCUCUGUCCAGCCAGCCUUUGCUAAGGUCACCCUUGCCUCUUCAGCAAAAGAUCCUGCUUCAGAAAAUGCAGAACCAGCCCAUCACAGGACUGGGGUAUCAAGUCUCCCAACAGCACAGACAGGAUCAACACUCUGUGGUAGGCCAGAGCAUAGGCCCCAGUCCAAGUCCCAACCCCUGCUCAAAUCCAAACACCGGAAGUGGUUACAUGAACUCCCAGCAAUCACUGUUGAAUCAGCAAUUGAUGGGAAAGAAACAGACUCUACAGAGGCAGAUCAUGGAGCAGAAACAGCAACUUCUCCUCCAGCAGCAGAUGCUGGUUGAUGCGGAGAAAAUUUCUCCACAGGAUCAAAUCAACAGACAUUUGACAAGGCCACCCCCAGAUUAUAAAGACCAAAGAAGAAACGCAGGCAGCAUGCAGCCAACUGCCCAGUAUUCUGGUGGCUCAUCAGCAGUGACUUUAAACUCUAACCAGGCUUUGGCAAACCCAGUUUCGACGCAUACCAUUUUGACUCCAAAUUCCAGCCUCCUGUCUACUUCCCAUGGGACAAGAAUGCCGUCGUUACCCACAGCGGUUCAGAAUAUGGGGAUGUAUGGAAAUCUGCCUUGCAGCCAACCUGGCACAUACAACGUGACUUCAGGAAUAAGUCAGUUGACCCAACAGAGAAACCCAAACCAACUGAUAGCAAAUCAAAACAACCCUCUAAUGCCACGGCCACCUGCCUUAGGGGCAAGUAAUAAUAACAACGUGGCUACUUUUGGAGCUGGACCUGUCAGCAAUUCGCAACAAUUGAGACCAAAUUUAACCCAUAGCAUGGCAAGCAUGCCCGCACAGAGAACAUCAAAUGUUAUGAUCACAUCCAGCACAACCGCACCAAACUGGGCCUCUCAAGACACGACAACCAAACAACAGGAAGCCCUGAAGUCCACGGCAGUCCGCUUCCCCACAGGUGCACCUGCAGCCUACACUCCAAACCAGUCACUGCAGCAGGCAGUUGGCAGCCAGCAGUUUUCCCAGAGGGCAGCGGCCCCUCCUAACCAGUUAACACCAGCAGUGCAAAUGAGACCCAUGACCCAAAUGAACCAAACAUUAAAUGGACAAACCAUGGGUCCACUCAGAAGUCUGAAUCUCAGACCCAAUCAGCUAAGCACACAGAUCUUGCCUAAUUUGAACCAGUCGGGAACAGGGUUGAGCCAGCCGAGGACAGGCAUGAGCCAGCCACCAUCUAUGACACCAGGCAACUUUCCUUCACCCAACCAAAGCUCCAGGGCUUUUCAAGGAACUGACCAUGGCAGUGACUUAGCUUUUGACUUUCUCAACCAACAGACUGAUAACAUGGGCCCUGCCCUGAACAGUGAUGCUGAUUUCAUUGAUUCCUUAUUGAAGACAGAGCCCGGUAACGACGACUGGAUGAAAGACAUCAAUCUGGAUGAAAUUCUGGGGAACAACUCCUAAAGGAGAAGAGAGGGACGAUUAAUAUACUCUAAGCACUAAAAGGCAGUAUUUUACGAGGACU